UCUGCUGUUUUGUGUUUUCAAGCUGUAACGGUCUUAGAGGCACUUGUGGUUUCUGCCUUUGUUUUGCACACUGCUUGGGUUUUUUUCUCCGCCGCUCAGGCACAAAAACAUAAUGCUAAUGAGCUGGUAGACAUCUGCUUCCAGCUCCGUUUUUUUUUUUUUUUCCUCUCUGUGUUUAGGCAUGUUUGUGCCACUCAUAUAAGGGAUAUGCUAUUUUAUCCAUGAAAGGUCAAAUUUUUAAAACAGAAGAAUAUACACGGGGAUGUAAGACAGAAGCAGCUGCUGCAACAUACACUAUUCAUCAGUGCUGAUGAAUGAUGUUUUGUUUCUUCUUCCAGCGUUGUAGCAUAAAAAUGCAUUAGGCUUGGUUUACUGUGAGAACUAAUGACUCACACUUCCAGUACCGCAUGUCUGUCAGCAGUGAAGUCAAAGGGUUCGGUGAAAUAGACCAUGCUGACUCCAUAAGCUUGUGGUUUAGGAGGUAUUACAGCGAUGUGUCCAUUGAGGCUACAGAUCUAUUUGUGUAUACGACAGGUUGCAGCUAAUACAGCUACAUUUGUUAAAAGGUGCACAGGGCCUUUGCGGCACGCUGAACGGAAACCUGACAGUGUGUAAAGGAUCAGACCAUUUUUGAUGCUGUGGGGGCGAAAAAGAGAUGGGGAAAGGGAGCUAGAGCACACGUGACAAUGACGGUUUGAAGUUGAAAUUGUGAAUUUUGUGUCACUUUGCUGCCUUUGCACAGCAGCCAUUUUGACAGGUCACAGCAGGGAAAUCACAGGUGCACGUAAUUAAAUUAUUGAUGGCUGAGUUCCAAUUUGCUUCCAGGUCCUCGCUGGUUCACUCUCACGCUGCCCUGAUUUACAUGAGCCGAACAGAGUCAUCAUUAAUGUGAUCAGCAACACCUGGGCUUUUGCUUUAUGUCACAAUGUCCGCUCAGAUCUAAGUGGAUAGGCCAAAGUGCAUGGUUGCAAGUUUAAAAAGAGCAUGUCCAGUGGGACGCAAUGUUUCCUGUACUUAAUGUUUUAUUAAAUCAAUUUGUAUCACUUGUGUUUUGGGGAGAGGUUUAGUUUACUAAUUACUAAAACAUGAUAUUAAACUCUAAGUAUCACUGCACACUAUUAAAAGGCUGUUUGUGUGUGGCCUGGUUAAAAAUAACUAACAUAAGAUAUGUAUAAUGGCUUUCUUUGGACAAACAUUUCAUAUUUGAGCUGAACAAAUACAAUUUAUAAUAGUUAUAUAAGCAUGUAACACUGUUUGUUUUCGAGCUGGUGGACAGUGGAUAUUCUUUAUCACGCAUCAUUGUGCAUCUCCAUAUAAUGUGCAUCACAUUUCGCCCCGCGGCUGUUGUCUGGACCGUAAUUAUCAUCAUUAUUCUUUAUAAUAUAAGAAAAAAAAAAUCUUUGUGCAGUGACUGGAUCUGAAAUUCAAUGCCAUACCUACACAGGCAAAACAUUCUCAGGGUAUCAAGAGGAUUGUUCGCCAUAGACGCGCGUCUCUCAGUGCUGUCUUUGGUGCAGCUUCAAAGAUAUCCAGUGAUACCACUCAAGUGACUCAGUAAACGCAGUCGAGCGGCGCAGCUGUCAGAGAGCAGCAGUCACAGACUGUUAACCUCAAGAUCUGGAAGUGUUUGUGAGUCAACGAAGCUUCACAAAACUCUGUUACCCUCUACUUUUUGUCAAAGUUUGGCUACAUAAAGAGUCUUUUCGCUUUAUCUGCAGGAUCUUUAACCUUUACACCAAAGUGAGCUCAAGCACUGCAUCUGGCCCCGGCCAAGACACCUGCCUUGAAAAUGACCCUGCAGUCCUUAACGCCAGUGAACUGUGCAAGUCUCCUGCAGCCCGGCUGCUCUCUGCUGCAGCUGGAUGGACAAGUUCUCCUGUUUGGCCAAAAAGGCUGGCCCAAGCGCUCCUGUCCAACGGGAGUAUUUGGGAUUCACUUUAAACAGAGCAAUAUGAGGUUAAGAGCCAUCUCCUUCUCCAAUGAUUCUAGCUACAUUCCUCCUUUACGUUGUCCAGCUGUUUGCCGCCUUGACCCCUAUGACGGCCUUCCAGAGAGUUAUCUCAUCCACGGUGGCCGUACCCCCAACAACGAGAUCUCAUCAAGCUUGUACCUGCUGACCACGGACAGUCGUGGCUCUAAUCGUAAACUGACCAUAUGCUGCAAAGAGAAGGAACUGGUGGGAACAGUGCCAGCAGCGCGGUACGGCCACACAGUGAGCAUGGUUCAAAGCCACGGGAAGACGGCCUGCGUGUUAUUCGGCGGAAGAUCCUACAGACCUGCAGGGGAGCGGACCACAGAGAGCUGGAACAGCGUCGUAGACUGCCCUCCGCAGGUGUUCCUGUUUGACCUGGAGUUCGGUUGCUCCACUGCUUACACUCUGCCCGAACUCAGCGAAGGCCAAUCCUUUCACGUAGCCCUCACUAGAGAGGACUGUGUCUACUUCAUUGGCGGUCACUCGCUGACUUCUGACUCCCGUCCUCCACGGCUCUUCCGCCUGCGCGUGGAGCUCCUGCAGGGCAGCCCUUUGCUCUCCUGUGAGUCUCUUGACAUUGGCAUAUCCAUCUCUAGUGCCAUCAUCACCCGCGUAGGUCCCACUCACAAAUAUAUCAUCUUGGGUGGAUAUCAGUCUGAUUCUGAAAAGAGGAUGAAGUGCACCACUGUUGUUCUGGAUGAGAAAGGGAUUCAAUUUGAGACAUUAGAAGCACCUAAGUGGACUCCAGACAUCACCCAUAGUCGCACUUGGUUUGGAGGCUGUGCUGGUGAGGGAAAAGUCCUACUCGCCGUACCCACUGAGGGAAGGCAACCUCAAACAGAUAUGCAUUAUUUCUACCUGGUGAGCUUUCAAACAGAGGGAGAACGGAAAGAAGAGGAAGGAACACAGGGCUGCAGCCAGGAGUCCACAGAUUACGAUGACUCUCCCCCUCUUGAAGACUCAGAGGAGCUCUACUUUGGUCGAGAGCCACAUGAGCUUGAUGACAGCAGUGAAGGGGAUAAUUACAAUGAAGAGGAUGAAGAGGAUGAGUCACAAACAGGUUACUGGAUGAAAUGUUGCCUGGGCUGUCAGGUGGAGCCCAACAAGUGGGAGCCAUACUACUCCACUGAGCUCUACCGGCCAGCCAUGAUCUUCUGCUCCAGAGGGGAGGGGGGACACUGGGUCCACGCCCAGUGCAUGGAGUUGACCGAGACCCUGCUGGUCAGUCUCUCUCAGGGCAGGAAGAAGUAUUUCUGCCUCGACCACGGAGGCCUCCCCUACCAGGAGACGACUCCGACUCGACAGGUCACGCCACUCAAGCGCACCCCCAUCAAAGUCAAGAACAGGAAAACUCCUCCAGUGAUCAAGAUUUCACCCGCCAAAAAAAGCUUUUUCAGGAGACUUUUUGAGUGAAUCUACUGUAAUCUAUGAUACAAUUGCUAUGUAUAUUUAGGGAGUUUCCUUUCUCUAAAUUAAGUGAAAGUCGGAAUUGUGAAGUCUCACUUGUAAAGUGUGUUGUAAGCUGAAUGAAUGAAUAAACAAUUAAAAUAUCUAAUAUGAGGCUUGUGAAAAUAUGCUAUAACAUGUGCAAACUGAUAUUUCAUGUAUAACCACUGUAUGUUGUAAUUUUUGGAUUGUUGAAUAUUUUUAUGAUCCGGGUUUCAUCGACUGUUUUAUUUGCCAAUCCACAGCAUUGGGGACUGCAGGUUUAAGGUCAUGAAAAAAAAAAUUUGUUUUUUGUUUGUUUGUACAAUUCUUUCCACAAUUAAAAU